UGUCCCUUCAUUUGGAAAGACUUUGCCAAACGCGGAUACAACACUGGCUUUUCGGAGGAUGAGAUUGGAAUUGGAAUUUUUUAUCGGAGUAUAAGAAUUGAGCCACCUUUCCAUUUUUUGGGGAAAGGUGACGACAACAUGUGUUACGGGACUCGCCGCUCUUUCAAAAUGUUGUUGGAUAACAUCGAGAAUAUCGCAGUUGCUCAAAAAAAUCGCCCCUACUUUCACUUCACAUGGGCCACAAAACUGUCUCACAACAACUUCAACAAACUUCAUCAGGGUGAUGGCCCACUACUAGAAUUUCUUCAGUUUAUGGCCACCAAUGGCUAUUUAAAUCAUACAGCUCUCCUCAUUCUCGGGGAUCAUGGUAAUAGGUCGCCUACCCAGGCGCAGAUGAAUCCUGCUGGAAAAGUCGAGGUUCGGAUGCCCGUCUUCUACCUCGUGCUUCCCGACUGGUUCAAAGCCAAGUAUUCACAACCCUUCAAGAACCUUCAGUACAACGCGGAUUCGCUCACCUCCCCUUACGAUGUGUACGAAACUCUGAAACUUUUCAUGAAUUUGAGUCAACUACGAGACACACAGAGUUACAAGAAUGCUGAUACAAUAAUAAACGUACGAAAACCAAUGAGUUUGUUUCAGAAAAUCCCGUUCGACCGUUCAUGUCUCGAGGCUGGAGUUUCGCUUCAUUGGUGCGUUUGUCGAGGUGCUCGUGAUGAACGACCCGCCCCAACCACCACGCCCGAAGUCAGAAACGACGUCACAGCCUCGGUUGACUUUAUGAACGUCAAGUUGAAACCUGUAAGCACAAAAUGUCACCCUUUGGCCCUGAAGGAAACGGUUUCUGCAUACCACAUCGAUAAUAGUGUGAUCUCUACUCUCUAG